GCAUAAGCUGAAUAAAGGACUGAACUAUCGAAUGUGAAAAAGUCGAAAAAGUAAAGGAUCUCUUUCAAGCGAACAUAAAGUGAAAUAAUUUUGUUCGCGGAAUUUGUGCUGUUGCUUUGGCAUUGGUUACGGUGGCAAAAAUUAUGCGCAAACGAGUAAACAAAACAUCAGUCUAUAAACAGUGAUCUUUCGUCAGUAACUCGCAAAGUUAAAAAUCUCUUCAAAAUGUCGAUCAUGGACAGAAUCAGACAGUCGUACUGGAUUGAAAAUGUUCCAAGGCGAAACAUUGUAGCGACAGUAGUGGCGUCUUUUCUGUUCUUCAGCGGAUGGUGGAUUGCGAUCGAUACAGCAGCGGUUCAUCCUAAAUCGUGGGAUUUUUCCUACUACAUCUGCGGUAUUCUGGCCACUAUUAGCUUCUUUAUGGUUAAUUCGAUUUCAAACGAAAUGCUCCAUGGUGGUGCGGCCUAUACAGGUGGUGUUCUCGGCGAGAGCGGUAUCAAGGUGUUUCUAUUUAUCGGUUUCGUGCUUGGGUUUGCUUCGAUCAUCGCUGCCAUCUGGAUUAUGAUAGCGGAGUUUGCCGUCAACGCUGACAAACUGGAGAAGGGUCCUGGCUAUGCCCUUCUGGUACACAACAUCUUUAUAUUUUUUUCCUCUUUGAUCUAUAAAUUUGGUCGCCAUAGCGAUGAUCCGUACGCAGCAGGAAUCUUUUAAGCAAAUUAAUAUCUACAUACAUUGUAGCGUCAGGGUGAAGUGCUAGGCAUUUUUUUACGUUCGGCUUGUUUUUUUUUGCACUCAGCGCUACUUCCGUUCCGGUAAGUUAUUCAUCAACAAGUAAAUUUUUUCCUUCGUGUGGGGGUAGAACAUACCCAAAAUACAUUCUAAAAGUAAG